CACCGCCGUCUGUGAUCCCAGCGGACCAUGUGGCACCACCGCUGCUCCUGCAGAAUGUAAACACUUGCUCCUGACACUUGACAGUUUUCAAAUUGAAAUGGAAAAUGUAUUACGAAUUAUGGAACGAUGAUGUGCUGGUCUGAGAGUGACACUCACUAUUAGAAAUGCUGCAAAUAGUGAGAUCAAGAACGUGAGGGUGGUCAUAACUACCUAGUGUGUAUAGUCAUAAACUAUAACAACAUCUAAACACCUUGUCAUUUACUAGUCUCAGCAAAACCUGUGAACCAGCAGACUAAUAACAAUGGUUCCAACAAGCCCAGAAAAGAAACAGCUUCUCUCUAGGAUGAUAAGUGGUGCUGACCUGCCUACCAGUGAUGUGGUGGAGCUGCUGGCAUCCCAUGACACUCUCUGCAAAAAGCUGACUUGUUGCCACAUUGCUGACAAAUGCCACAGUAAUAAUGAUUUGGCUCUCUUGACUGCCAAUCUGCUCUUAAGAGAUGCCAGCGAUGCUAACCCAACCAUUCGCAGUGCCAGCAUUUCAGCCUUAGCAGCUCUCCCUGGGAUAGAGGAAAGUGCUGUGCGGGUUUUGACAUCUGCACUCAGUGAUCAAGCAGCAAUGGUGCGACGGUGUGGGGCGCUGGGGUGUGUGAAGCUCUUUGACCAUGCCCCAGAGGCCAUUCUAGAAUGUGGGCUGACUGAUGCCCUCUAUGAUGGACUGCGUGACUCUGACCCCAUUGUCAUCACCAAUUGCAUCCUUGCCCUGGACCACAUAUUGCAGGCAGAAGGUGGCAUUGUGGUCAAUAAGAACAUAGCCCACUAUCUACUGAGCAGGAUUAUGCAGUUCUCUGAGUGCAAUGCUGUCUAUGUUCUCACCAUCUUGCUCAGAUAUUCCCCAAAGUCAGAGGAGGAGCUGAUUCUCCUGCUGAAUGCACUGGAUGAGCUACUGCUGUCGAGGGCUCCUGCAGUGCUAGUGGCUGUGGUGAAACUCUUCCUCCACUGGACCCAGGAUCACCCACACCUCAAGAAGGACAUGUUGGAGAUGAUACAGCCUUCAGUGUGUAAGAUUCUCAGCCGAAAUGUGUCUGAAACAUCUUACUUAUUGCUGGACUUCCUUAGUACUCUGGGGGACAUAUGCAAGGUGUUUGGUCCCCAUUAUAAGUACUUCCUUGUGCGGGCAAAGGAUCCUGGCUAUCUUAAAACACAGAAGCUCAAAGUUCUUCCACUCAUCAGUACUGAGGACAAUGUGUGCUGUCUCAUGGAGGAAGUGAAGCCUUUCUGCAGUGACUAUCAAAGUUUUCGAGGUGCUGUGAGCUGCAUGGGACUACUGGCCAAGGUCAGCCAUGCAGCCCACAACAUGUGUCUGUCCAUGCUAGUAACACUUCUUGAUGCGCCUGCUGAGAGGGUGGUGAUUGCUGCCCUGGAGUGUCUUAUGAAUGUUGUCCUGUCACCACCAUCAGUUGAGAAAAAUAUAAGUGAAAGUCCUCCAGAUCCUGUUUUAUCUCAGUCUUCCUCUCUAGGAAAUGUGGAAGUGCAGAAUCAAACAACUUUGGAAGAGUCACUUUCACAAUUAUCACUUCACACUGAAGAACCUAAACCUGAGUUAAAAGCACUACCUAUGCCACAGAAUGAACUUGAGCUACCACAAAACUUGACAGAUGCCAUUAUAAGAGCUCUGUCACAUGAACAUGUCCAAGAAGCAGCUCCUUCUCUUGUUCUCUAUGUUUUGGGCACACUGGCUCCCUACCUGGACUCUGCCCCAGACAUUCUCCAGCACAUAUCAUCCCUGGCCUUCUCUCCAUCUGUUCAUGCAGAUUUGGUGACGGCUGCUGCACAGAUCUUCAUUUCUCGACCAGCCCAGACACAGCUCCUACUGGCAGCUAUUCUUGCUCGUGCCUUUAAGUGUGUAGGUGAGCCAGCCUCCCGUGCUGCACUGAUCUAUGCAACACUUCAGGAACACCCUAGCGAUGCAGCCUUUCUUCUGGGUGCCACUGUAAAGCAGUCGCUUCGUAGUAAUAAUGAAGAGUGUCAAGAGCAACAGUUAGGAGGAAGUGAUUAAUGUUCAUGUGUUGUGUUCAGACCAACAGAAGUUAAAAAAAUGUCUUAAAAUUCACCAUAGAGAGGUUUUAACUGGAAAGUCACCUGCCUUUCCAAAUGCCAAGCUAAUGGGCUGAAAAUUUCCCUUGUCCCUGCCAAGGAUCCAAGAACAGUAGUAAGGCAUGUUUGGUAGAAAGGAGUGUGAAUUUGUAUGCUGUGUAGGUGAAUGUAAGCAUCAUCUGGUUUGAGUAGAUGGCUUAUCUACUUCUGAAUGAAGCAGUCUUCUUCUCUCAUCUCUGGGGUUUCCAUUUUGUCUAUGAGUAUGGAGAGACAUUCAUUGGAUUCAUGAAAAGGAAGAUUUGUACUUCUCAUCUUGUUUCUAGUCCUUUGCCAUGCAGUCAUAUUUGUUGAAUUUGUGUCAAACAAUUAUUGGAUUGUUAUGAAACUGACAUAGUAAAACCUAGUAAUAUAUUA